CGCGGGUCUCCUUUCUAGUUGCAUCAUUCCGAUGCAAGAUCAUGGCGCCCUCGAGAUGUAGAAUGCUUCUCGAAGCUAUGCCUUGAAUGUUGGAGUGGGUUUGUCCAAGUUUAAACAGCUGUCCAUGUUAGCCAACGCUGGGGGUUCUGGUGAUAGCAGCAGGUACUGCGUACAUGACAUCCAAGUCUCUUAUCGAUAUCAUUAUCCUUUUUAUGGCCGCUAAAAAUUUCAAGAUUCAUCCCACUCCAGCUUCAUUGCGCUGGGAGGAACCGAGUGAUACCCGGCUACCUUCGCCGCAGAUUCCCAACCAUGGCCGCCAAAGCGCCUUUCAAGACAACAUAUGCGGCGAAAGAAGUCAUCCGGCCCAUUUUUACCGGGGGCGCUGCUGCUAUCGGGAACAACGCGCGCAUACUGGCUACGACGCUCGGUGAAGAUGUGAUCCUAACCGACAUUAAGACUGGCAAGCAUCUGGCCAAGAUUGAAGGGGAUGGCGAGCCCAUAUCGACACUGACUUUAACGCCGUCUGGCUCUCACCUUAUAAUUUGCUCCCGGUCUUUGUCUAUGCGAAUCUACUCCCUCCCGAAAACGCCGACGAGCGAGUCAAUAGACCCUCAACUUGUGAGAACUGUGCGACCACAUGCCACCCCUGUUGUGGUCCUAGCCGUCGAUAGGACGAGUACCUUGCUCGCAACUGGUGGUACUGAUGGGUCGAUCAAGGUAUGGGAUAUAAAUGGCGGUUAUGUCACUCAUACCUUUCGUGGUCCAAGUGUCUUGGUGUCCGCGCUCUUGUUCUUCGAGCUCGCAACUAGCUCGAAGCAACAGCCCGAGACUAAAGACUUGGAUAAAAAGAAAAAGAGGCAUUCUAGGGCUACAGAUGACCAUGGCGACGAGAACGUUCCCACGACGGCAAAAUUCAGACUUGCAUCGGGUAGCCAGGAUGGUAAAGUGCGUGUGUGGGAUUUACACAAAAGGAGCGUCGUUGCCAAUCUCGACUCUCAUGUGUCCGACGUUCGCGGCCUUGACUACUCGCCCACCCAGAAUGCGCUAGUAACUGCAAGCAGAGACAAGACGAUUCGGUGGUGGGAUACGAGGUCUUGGAAACCACGAAAGGUGAUUCCUUGCUUUGAGUUAGUAGAGGCGGUGGGAUUCCUCGGAGACGGCCAAUUGACCUACACUGCGGGAUCCAAUGGAUGCCUGCGGAUAUGGCAGACUGAAUCCGGUCGCGAACUGACCGCAGAGCAAAAGACUAAACCUGAAGCUGAGGCGUUCAUUUCUGCAAUCUAUCAGCCAGGCUUCCCAUUCGUUGCUUGUAUCCAGGUGGAUCAUACCAUCGCUCUCUUCGAGGUCCCUAGCGAGGGCGACGCGUCCGUAAUUGCGCCACCCGAGCCAUUUCGCCGUAUAUCAGGGACACACGAUGAUAUUAUCGACCUGCGGUACCUUCUACCGGAUCACUCUGUUAUGGCGCUAGCCACAAAUUCCGAAGAUAUUCGUAUUGUUUCUGUUUCAGAACCGAGUGAUAGCAAUGCCCUAGUGUCAUCCGAAUAUUUUGGUCAAGAUAUUGCUCUCCUAAAGGGCCACGACGAUAUUAUCAUUACACUAGAUGUUGAUUGGUCCGGUCAUUGGGUCGCCACAGGCGCAAAAGACAACACUGCCAAGAUCUGGCGGGUUGAUCCCAAGAACAACUCUUAUACCUGCUGGGCAACGUUCCAAGGUCAUGCUGAAUCUGUCAGCGCUGUGGCAUUACCUCGCGCACGACCUGUGGAUGGCUCAAAAGCAUAUGCUGACCCUCUAAACCACCCACCACAGUUCUUACUAACAGGUUCUUCCGAUCAAACGAUCAAGAGGUGGGAGAUACCGAAAGAGCAACAACAACAACAACAACGCGUGAAAUCCGGCAUUCGGGCCUCGUAUACACGAAAAGCCCACGACAAGGACAUUAACGCUAUUGAUGUCAGCAACAAUGCUCAAUUAUUCGCCUCCGCCUCGCAAGACAAGGUCGUCAAGAUCUGGUCAAUAGAAGAGGGUGAGGUUCAGGGUAUACUCCGUGGUCAUCGCCGAGGUGUUUGGUCCGUCUCCUUUGCUCCCCUCAACACACCGGUGCUUCAGGGCGAGCAGGGCUCAGUAUCUGGCAAAGGUGUGGUAAUCACUGGGAGUGGCGAUAAGACUGUAAAGCUUUGGAGUCUCACAGACUACACGUGUCUCAGGACCUUUGAGGGACACUCCAAUAGUGUUCUAAAGGUAGCGUGGCUCAAGUUGCCACCGCCGGAAGAGCGCUCCAAGAAGCCUAUUCUCAUCGCCAGUGCCGGGGGUGAUGGUCUAGUAAAAGUAUGGGAUGUCAACUCGGGCGAAAAUGAAUGUACUCUGGACAAUCACGAAGACCGAGUGUGGGCUUUAGCUAUUCACCCCAGUACUAACAUGAUUGUCUCUGGAAGUGGCGACUCUACUGUGACGUUCUGGGAAGAUACGUCAACAGAAACACAAAUAGCAUCGAAUGAGGCGGCUCUGAAGCUCAUUGAGCAAGAACAAGAACUUGACAAUUAUGAGUAUGCAGGCGCUUACCGCGAAGCUAUAACAUUAGCGCUUCAACUGAAUCACCCACGCAAACUUCAAGGGCUCUUUGAAAAGGUAGUCAACUCAAAAACACCGGAUGCUAGCAGUCUAUCAGGCCUGAAACCCGUUGACGAGGUCCUCGCUACAUUAUCGGAUGAACAGCUCUUUUUGCUUCUAUUACGGCUGCGAGACUGGAAUACUAAUGCGAGGACGGCACCAAUGGCACAGCGCAUCCUGUGGACAGUUGUGAAGAGCCAUCCUGCCAGUCGCUUAUCAGGCCUCUCUGUGAAAGGGGCCAAGGGCCAGAAAAGUCUCAAAGAGGUGCUCAAUGCACUUAGGGUCUACACAGAGCGACAUUACAAACGAAUGGAAGAGUUGGUUGACGAGAGUUACCUGGUGGAAUACACUCUAAGAGAAAUGGACACUCUGGCGCCGAGCUUGGAUAACAUGAAAUUGGCUGACGGGGUGGACACAGAUGUGAUAAUGACAUGAUAUGUAAAUUUACUCACGAAUCCGAGUAUUAACCAUCUUAAUUAUACCAGACGUAUAUACUCAGCCUAUAGAACCACCAAAUCGCCCCAAGUUGAAAUGCAUUUUGGCUUGAAUAAUUAUCUAGUUAAUCUGUAAA